AUGGAUGAGUUGGCUGUCAAGCGGCGAAAAAUAAUUGCCCAUGCCGCGGGAUUUGUUGCUACAAUGUGUGCGUACACGUUGUUUUUGUAUAGACGUGGAGGUCGUGAAGCACCAAUCACCUAUGGUCCUUUAGCUGAAAGAGAUAAAAUUAGAAUGGAAAACCUUAGAUUCAUUUUUCAUAAUGAUGAUCGCCAUUGUGUAGAACAGCUUCGUAUGAGGAGAACCCCCUUUUUUCACUUAUGCACAUUACUCAGGACAAGACGGUUGCUUAAAGAUACAAUUCAUAGCUCCAUUGAGGAACAAGUUGCCAUGUUCCUACAAGUGGUUGGCCACAAUUGUAGAUUUAGGUUGAUAAAGUUGAAUUUUAGAAGGGGUUUGGAAACAAUUAGUCGUUACUUUCGAGAAGAUUGCAUUGGUGCUAUAGAUGGAACUCAUGUGCUAGCUAGAGUCCCAGCUAGCAUGGCAGCCGCCUUUCGGGGUAGGAAGGGGGUGACCACACAAAAUGUUAUGGCUGCUGUUGAUUUUGAUCUUAAGUUCACCUAUGUCUUAGCUGGCUGGGAGGGAUCUGCUCAUGAUGCCAUCAUUCUAGCAGACGCAUUAGAAAGGGAUGACGGCUUAAGGGUCCCCCCGGGUAAAUUCUACUUGGUCGAUGCAGGAUAUGCUGUUCAUCCUGGGUUCCUUCCACCAUAUCGUGGCUGCCGAUACCAUUUAAAGGAGUAUGGUGGAAGGAACAACCCUCGUGACCAUAGGGAAUUAUUCAAUCUGAGGCACUCCUCGCUUAGAGUCACAGUAGAACGGGCUUUUGGUGCAUUGAAGAAUCGUUUCAAAAUUCUUUACAACAAGCCGUUUCACCCGUACAAAACCCAAGUGAAGUUAGUGCUAGCUUGCUACAUUUUGCACAACUGGAUCCUAACACACGGCCCUGAUGAGUGUGUUCCUGGGGAACAAGACUGGACUCCAAACCCUGUGGAACCCGAAGCACAUAACGAUGUUGCAUAUGACAACAACUCGUGGGCAGCAAAGAGGGACGAGUGGGCACUAGCUAUGUGGAACAAUAGGAGAAACAUACGUCUGAAUGUUAGUGUACUUUUAGUGCUGUUUUCAGCAGAAUUUAAGUGCUGUUUUAGUGCUGUUUUCGUGCUGAAUGGAAGUGCUGUUUUAGUGCUGUUAUCAGAUGAAUUUAAGUGCUGUUUUAGUGCUGUUUUCAUGCUGAAUGGAAGUGCUGUUUUAGUGCUGUUAUCAGAUGAAUUUAAGUGCUGUUUUAGUUAUGUUUUCAGUGAAUUGAAUGUGAUGGCUGAGCAUGGGGGUGUCGGUGGGGCACGGAAUCAAUUGCGGUGGACAGCCCACAUGUCCAACAUGAUGCUGUGCCAUUUGGUUGUGCUGAUUGAGGGUGGAGUGCGAACUGAUAAGGGCUUUAAGGAGGUGCACCUAAACACAGUUGCAAGAAAAGUGACUGAGCAGUGCGGUGCAGAAGUCAGCGGGAGUCAGGUGUACAACCACCUCCGCAAGUGGAGAUCAAGGUGGGUGAAAAUAUGCAAGCUGCGGGACAUCAGCGGUGCCUUGUGGGAUGACAACACACACUCCAUCGUACUAGAGGACGAGCACUACAAAGGCCACAUCAAGGAUCACCCUGCUGAUGUUGACUACCUCAACGUUCCUCUCGAGAACUAUGAGUAG